GGCGUAUCGCAGGUUCAAGUCGAUGGGGAAAUUGGAAAGGCACAAGUAAAGGUAAAAUUGCUGGGGAGGGUGGGGUGAUUUGCUUGUCCUUUCGGCGGCCUACCAAUUCAUUCUCUCAAAGGUUCCGAUGCAUCUUUUUUCCCUUUUCGGUGCAGAAAUUAAAUCGCCAGCCAUUCUACAGCUACACUGCCGUGGAAGGCCGGGAUGGCGCCGGGCCGAACUCUAAGUGCAAUAAACCCGAGGCUAUCAGGCACAAGCUUUUGAUUCACUCAUCUGGAAACUCACAAUUCGCCUGGUUUCUGGACUUGUUCUAGUUGGACGCCUGUCGUACCUUGCCUGGCCAAGGUGUCUAGGGCUCACUAGGUGCAGCUUGGCAGGUCCCGUCUGCACCUUUGCCGGCCGCAAUGGGUUAGAUGUAUGUCCUACCCAGGGGCCCCUCGACUCUGCCUGCUUAUUUGCCUACGGACCGGACCAUUCAUUAGUCUACUAAAGCGUCAAGUCGCCUUGGUAAAUAUGGCUCUGUCAUUGUGUUGACAGAUAUUCAGCAGAAAGACGGAAACAAUAUCACCGACCAUCCAUCAUGUUUCCGAUAAAUCCUUUUCUUUUGAGAUUGACUACCAAAGAAAGUGCGAUUUGUUUUCUCGGCCAAGUAAUCAAUAGAGGGUCAGCCCUGGAGGAACCUUAUAAAGCAAGUCGAGGGUGAUAAAAAUUGCAGUCGCUACUCGGUCCUCUUCUGAUCCAUGGACGGGUCCAGGUCAAGGUUUGUGGCUUGCCGGCCGAACAAAUUCUGAUUCUGACGAUUUUGCGUGUCGAGUGAGGGGAUAUCAAGCUAUUGAUGGGGGAGUUUGGCAGACAUUCGAGGAUAAAACAGGGCGUUCCUGGCACCGAUCCGAGUAGUUGUCUUGUCCCAUAUUUGCUCAAGUUUUGGACUCUUCCAUGUCUUGGUUGUCGCAAGGAAAUCGUUCAGCCAACAGCAAUCUCUACCCCAAAAUGCGUCUCAUUGCACUCCUAGGUCUGGGCAUGCAGGCCAUGGUCCUGGCAGCCCCGGCGACGGCCUCCAAGUCCAUGAUGUACAAGGAGGAGGAGUGGACAAUUCGUGAUCUCUCUCGUUCUUGCGGUCAUCGCCGCCAUGAUGACGACCGUCAUGGCAACGACCAUGAUUACGACCACGACUACGAGCAUGGAAAAGACCGAGAGAAGGGCCGUGGGAAGGGCCGUGGGCACAGACAUGGCAGAGACCACGGCAAAGGAUAUGAUCACGGACGCAACGGCUAUCAUGACGAUGACCGUGACGGGUACGACGAGGGCAGAAAGAGCCAGAAUGGCCACUACGGCAGCAACAGGAAUGGGUACAACCCGCACAAGCACCGAAACACCGAGAAACCCAGCCGUCAACACAGAGACGGCAAGGACGGCUACCACGACGACGACAGACGCAAAGGCUACACCGCCAGCGACGAGUCCCACGGGCCCCGCGCCAAGCUCAGCCUCAACAAGACCCUCGACGCCAACGGCGGCGCCGCAGUCGCAAACGCCACGACGCAGCUCCACGCCACCACCACCACCGUCAGGCACGGCCACGACGACGAGGCCAGGUGCCGCUGGUCGUUCACGGUGGUGACGCAGCAGCGCGGCCGGCAGCGCUGCGGCUUCGAGGCGGGCUGGCGGGCGUCGGCGGCCGAGGUCCGCUGCGGCGGGCACUUUGCCGUCGCGGGCAGCUGGUCGGGCCAGUUUGGCGAGGACCAGGGCUUCACGACGCUGUCCGUCGUCGACCGCGAGCGCCGGCUCGUCGUCUGGCCCGCCUACAGAGACGCGCAGCUCGAGGGCGGCAGGGUCGUCAGGCCCGAUCAGAGCUAUGUGCCGCAGCGUCUUCCUUGAGUGGGGGAGGUUGUGGCGUCUGCUGUGGUGCAGGUUGGCGGUAUGUGCUGGUGGAGAAAAAAUGGCGAGGUUCGAGUUAGUCCCGUCGAGGGCGGCGUCGAGGGCGGCGUCGAGGACGGUAAUGUAUUGGAGGUAAUGCAGUGAGAUUUUGGGGUGUCGGCAAAGGAGUUGAAAAAGUCCGUGCGGCUGACGGCUUGUCUGGAAAUACAUAGUGUUGGGCCUGCCAUUCUGUCCAGUUAACGUCCGCGUGUGCGUUGGCGAGUGGCAACCCGAGGAAGAAUAUUGGUAUCGAUGUGAUUGUUGGCUACUGCGUUGCCGUGGACACACGCCAUUAGAAAAGAGAGUAAAAGAUCCAAGACAGCGUGACAUUUGCAUUUUGCUCAGUG